UUGAAGACUGCAUUUCUCUGUCGGGUGGAGCAGACACUCUUCAUUCUGCACUUUCACUAUCUGAUCUGCUCUUCGCGCAAAAGACGCACAGGACGCCAACCAGACCCGCACAGCCAGUUUGCCUCUGUUUGUCCUUCUCUUUCCCCCUGCUCCACACACUCCGAUCGUCAGUCAUGUUUCGCUGUGGGAUCGCAUACCCUCGAUGCAGGUGGAUCGUACCCCUGCUUCUAAUCUUCGCCAUUAUUUUUGACAUUAUCGCCAUCGCCGCCCAGUCCGGAUGGGUGGAGGACGAGGACGCCAAAUCUCACUAUGCCAGCAUGUGGGAUCAGUGCCGAGGCAGGAAUGACCAAUGGCAAUGCACGUCGCUUAUGUCGCACUCUUGGGCCCAGGCAGUUGCAGCUCUGAUGGUUAUUGGCCUCAUCUUCCUCAUCAUUGCCUUCAUCAUCUCUGUUGUGGCGAUGUGUCAAAUCAACGUUGGUCUUUUGUCUCUCACAGGAGGACUGCUGCUUCUUGUUGCGAUACUCCAGAUCAUUGCUCUGAUCAUCUACCCCGUCAAGUUCAAUGAUCUGAUUUUCGAGGGCCAGUAUUACUACACCUGGGCCUAUGGUUUUGCCUGGGGCGCCACCAUUCUCUGCAUCGGCUGCUCCAUCCUCUUCUGCUGUCUGCCACAGUAUGAAGACGAGCUGCGUGGCGAUGUGAAGGUCAAGUACAUCUACACCUCUCCCUGAAGACCAAACCUGCUCACUCAGCCAUUUGCAGCUGUUUCCACCUUUCACUCUCAGCUGGACCUGUACUCAUCGUGAACAUGUCCUUUCUAUAAAUUUCACCAAAGAUCUACAACGGCACAGCUCUGUUAAAUUUGAUUCAGCAAUGAAAACAUCCCUUUUCCUUACUAUGCCAAAGUGACUAGGACCGUGAUUGGCUGUUGCACCAGCUUUAAUGUUCUGAUCUCUGCUUUAGAUUAUACCAGCAUCUUUAAAAAAUAUGAUUUUUUUCCACAAUAAGCAUAUCCUCAGUUAAUCUGAACUUUUUAAUUGAAAUUGUCAAUGCAGUCUCACCUAAGUGCACUUAUCUUUGAGGGAAUUUGAUGCAAAGUGUAGCUUUGUCUUAUGCUAUAUUCUUUGUAGAUGAGCAAUCCAGACUCAAAUAUUUGCACAGGAUGCAAAAUUAAUGUUUAUCAUAGUUGUAUUUGGUCAGGUGGGUUAUGAUUAAUUUUUUUCAGCUCUUUAUAGUAUCAUUGAGCAUAUGGUGAGAAGUAUGGAAAAGCUGGGACUGGGAGGCUGAAUGUAAUCUAUACAUACAGAAAUGUACAUGUAGUUUAACGGAUGUUUUUGCACCUUUUUAUGCAUUUUCUUGUCUGCUGUUUGUCUCAGAUUUUUGUAUUCUUAUUAUUACUAAAAGGUUUAUAACUGGGAGAUUAUGUGCUGUAUUUGGAUGGUAGAUAAGACGUAGAUGCCCACUUAUUGGUUCAUAUAACACAGAUGAGGAGGAGGUUUUUAAAUGAUCUGACUUCUCUACAAGUUAAGAUAAAUUUUCAGUCAGAUUUCUAAUCUCAAUCUUAAUCAGCAAUUUACCAAUGGAAAGAUUUUUUAUAUAGUUCAAUAUAAAAGCUGACUUUUUCAGUGAUAAUGUCCAAUUUUGGAUGAAAGGGAACAAUUUAAACAUGUUUGUUUAUUCUGUUUGUACCGUCUUGCUUCCUUAGGGCUGGUACAUAUGAAGAGGAGAACAUCAAUCGAUCAUGUUUGACUUGAGUUAAAUCUUUUUUUUUUUUUUUAAGUCACACAGAUGACCAAACUUUUGUCUUCUGAAGCCUCUGUAAGUUGGCAUUGCUGGUUUAAAGAAGACAUGCAGACUAAAGAGCCUAAUAAUCUGCCUCACUCUGCAUAGAAAUUGUGCCUUAGCUUCUUUAGUGUUGUGUUGUUGAAUCAGUAGGUGUUGUUUGCUACUGGUUAGUCUGGUUUUACUGAGUCAAGGUGUUUCUCUUCAUGUCAAGACCUAAUUUGAGUCCAAACAAGUGGAUUUAUUAGAUCUCUUACAAAUGUGUGUGUGUGUGUCUGUGUGUGUGUAUAUAUAUAUAUAUAUAUAUAUAUAUAUACAUAUACAUAUAUAAAUAUAAAACUAUUGCUUAGGAUUCUGAUAAUUGAUUUGAGUCUCUGUUUUAACACCAGCGGAUAUAUAUUGAACAAAAGGAAAAUCUCAUUGGAAAUCUCCCAGCUGGUUUCUCUGCUGCAGUAUGAGUUAUAUCAGGUAGUUUGUGUAUUUUUAUGCAAUAAAGAGUUUUUUUGUGUGUGUUUUAAA